GUGGCAGGUUUGUGGCACGGCAAAUGAAUGCGAAUUCAGUUUUGUUUCGACCAUCGUGCGGUAAGGAAGUUCUAACGGAAAAACAACUAGUCAAAUCUAAAAAAACCAGAAAAGUGUGGUAAACACUUGAAGCAGCUUGAAACUUGUAGCGUGUGUUAAGCAAAUGAUAAAAACUAACUGAAUGCAUGCCUGCAUGUAAUGAGUUAGAAACUCCAAUAAAAAAUGAAAGAAACUACUUAAGCGUUAAGUUCGUAAUAGCCGCGGGAGGCACACACCUUCCGUAUUUAAUUCUAUUAGCGCUCGGCAAUUGAAUAUUUGCAUAAAAGCCUUUUUAUGAACACGACGCACAGGAAGUGUGCAAGCAAUAAGUAAAUGUGCAAAAUAAAGAAUAAUACAAAAACAAGUGCACAAACAAAAUAAAACUUUAAAACCGCCGUCAAUAAAGUGUUUUCGGGGACGCACACGCUCGUGAAAACUCAACUACAUUAAAAAUACAAAUAAAAAAGUUUAUGGCAAAAACAAAAACAACGCAGAGUCGGAGUGUAAAAGCGCGAAGGAGUGACGUAAGCAAAGAAAAUAAAGCAAAACACAACGUCAGCCAGUCAGCGUUGCAGGAGUCACGCUCCGGCGCCACGGCCACCCAUUAGGCGUGUUAAUCCUUCGACAGCGACAGAGCAGCUGAGUUAAGUGACAGAAAGCAGCGGCUUUUAAUGGCACGUAAAUAAUGAAAGAGACCUAUGUGUAUUUAUAUAAAUGCAAAAGUUAAGCGAUAAAAGAAUAAAAUCCACAAAGCUGCAAGAAGUAAAAAGUUCCGCUCUCCGCAGUAAAAGCGCGCAAAUAAAAAUGACACAAACAAAAUCAUAUUAAAUCCAAUAAAAAAUUGUAAUUUCCCGGAAAUAAAAUUUACAAAAGCUAAAAGUCACAACAGCAUGAGUGCAAACCGUUAAUAAAUGGUCCGGCUGCGGAUUUUCCGUUUUCGCGCGCUUAUUUUGUUGGCCGCUGCUCGCAAUUAAAAAUGGCUUAACACAGCAGUCAGCGCUUGCACGUGUGUGGGUGUGUAUGUUGGUGUUUAUCGAAUUUUCAUGUUCGCUGAGCGCCACCCGCUUAUUGUGUCUGCUGUUGUAAUUAUCGAAUAGUUUGUGACAUUUCGAAAAAGUUGUGAAUCAUAGACACAAAGUGCUGCGAAAAGCAACAAAAAGUAAACACAAAAACAAAAAUAUAAAAUUACGAAAACAAAACUGCUGUGAAUGAAAAUGUGAAUGCACACAGUGAGAAAGGUGUAAAAAUAAAAUAAAAAAACUACACAAAUGUUGCUCAGCUGUAAUCAGUGUAAAAGUUUUUAGUUUCGCAAAAAAGAGACCAGCUGGAAGACACAUAUCUCCUCACUGACGAAGGAUAAAAAGAGCGCUGAGUGUUCAGUCGACUAUUCCCAUGCAAACUUCAUCACGAGGACACCGACUAACGGACAAACUACAACGAAAAUGCUGAUAUUGCUGCCGCUGUUGGGUGUGUUGUUCAACGGUCUCACAACAGCGCAUGUUGAGGCGAAUUUAAGCUUGGAAUUUAAGGCUACAAAGCUUUUGAGGCAACACAAUCCUGCUAACUGUACAGUUGGCAAUACAACAUAUGCACAUGGACAGACAUUUAAAUUGGAUUGUAAAACACAAUGUGUCUGUGAGAACGGACGUCAUGCCUGCUCGUCGCUCUGUCCGAAGGAGCAAUUGCCAGCGCCGGAGGACACGAUUUCCUGCAGAUCGCCUCGCCUGGUGGAGGUGCCGGGACACUGCUGCAAAAUGUGGCUGUGUGAGAAUCCCACAGCUGAUGUAUACGCCACCUGCCACAAUGCCUCGACCAGCCCGUGGACGCCGUGCUCGCAGCCCUGUGGCCUUGGCAUUUCGACGCGCUUCGCCAGCACGAACGCUGGCUGCCGGCAAUUGAGCAGCUUGCGAUUGUGUGAAAAUCGCAAAUGUGAUCAGGACAAUAACAAUGGCAACAUCAACAACAAAAACUAUUUACUACCGCCACAAGAGGCGCAGCAGUUGGUGCAAAAAGCCACAGCACAACAGCAGCAACAACAACUGCCGCCAAAGCAUGCGCACGCAGAGCAGCAACAGCAACAAAAACAAUUAAUUAGCCAUAAUGUGGCAAACAAUUUAGUUGUAAGUGAGCCUAAGGACAUUAAGGAUAUAACAGAUUACCAUGCCACAUUGUUCGCGGCGCAUGAAGAGCAUCGAAUACGCAAAGGACACGAGUGCCGCAGCUUACAGCGCCUCGGACCGGCACGCAUACGUUUGGGCGCUUGCAUUUCACGAAAGCUUUAUCGACCGAAGCUAUGUGGACUUUGUCAUCAGCAUUCUGGCAAAUGCUGUCGGCCAUCGGUCUCAACAACUAUACAGGUGGAACUGCUGUGUCCAUUGAACGCUGAGGAUCCCAUCAGCAUUGCCGAACAACAGCAGCCGCCGAAAGGGCGAGCGCCACUGCAACUCUGGGACACUGUGUCGCUGGAGCCAAUCGAUCAGGAAUUCCUGCAAUCACAUCAAAUACAAAUCGAAAAUAAAUUCAUUGCAGUCGAAUGGAUUCUAAAGUGCGAGUGCGGCAAAUAUGAAAAUUGCAACAACCUGCACAAAUACACGACAACAAUGCACAAUGGCACCAGCAAUAGCCACAAAAGCGCACAACAAGGCAGCAGCAGCAGCAGCAGCAGCAACAACAAUAGCGACAGCAGCAACAGAAAUACCGUUAAUAGCUGGCGCGCAAGUGCCACUCUUAGUGACCGCAAAAAUAAUAAAAAUGUGGCGACAAAUAUUAUCAGUGAAACGGCACGCAAUAACAAUGACUAUGCGUACAACAGCAACAACAAUAAUGGCAAUAACAAGAGCAACAACAAGAAUAACAAUGCCAACGUAAGUGGCGGUGGCAAUAACAUGGGAAACAUGGCAAACAGCGACGAGCAAAACAUUGCGACGGACAAUGACAGUGAUAAUCGCUAUGUACAACAACAACAACAACAAGAGAAACUACAGCAACAAAAGAAACAGCAGGAAGAGGAAGAAACCCCCCAACAAGGGCAUUUAUUGUCGUCGUCGGGUGAACUGCAACCAGACAUUAUACCGUAUCCGGCCAUGUUGCCGCCACACCGCAGCAAUCCAGUGGAAAAAAGCGGCCAGAGAGACGAUGCGAACAAUAACAACAAUAGCAAUGACAUUAACAGCAACUAUGCAGAGGGACAGGGUGGGGAGGGCGGCAAUAUGGACACAAUUGACAGCAAGCGUGCGAACAGUGAACUCAACAGCAACAACAAUGACAAUAUGCGAGUUGCGGAAAGUGUUGCUGGACCGAAUAAAAGUAAAGCUGUUGCCGGUUUUGGUUUUUAUAGCCGUGACGACGAUGGAAGCGACGAUAAUAGUGCCGUUAUUCAGAGUAAGCGCGUCGAAAAGCCGAACGAGCGCGAUGUAGAGCAACAGAACGCACUUCGAGAGGAGCAACAACAAGAAGAUCAACAACUGAUGCAGUGGAAGUUUGAGAAAAAUUUGCAUUAUCAGCAGCGGCAGUUUACAGUGCCAACAGAGCCAGACGCACAUUGGUCACCACAUUACACACAUCAUCACCACCAACCGAACCAUCGUCAGCAUCAUCACCAUCACCAUCACCAUCAGCAUCAACACCAACAUCAUCUGCACCAUCAGCAGCAUCAUCAACAGCAGGAGACGCAUUCGCAGCCCCAGCUGCAGCAACAUCUUUGGCUGGAACAGCUGGGCGAACAGCAGCACCAACAACAACAACCGGAGUUGCACAAGCUACGCCAACGCAGCACAUAACAACGCAGACGAGCACCACAAAUGCACCGUCAACGGUGGCCGCCACGCAAAGGACGCGGCAAGAGGAAAAAGGCCAACCAGGGAGCGAAACGACGCAGCCACAGCGGGACAAUAACGGCGAGGGAUGUAGCUGGUGGUGUGCUUGCGAUGGGCACACAAGUGGGCACUUCAUAAAUAAAUUGCGGCGGCAAACUGAUAAACCGGUGUAAAAACAACAAAAUUAUGCGACGCGUUGCAAGCAAAAAGUGCUGGAGACUCUUUACAGCAAAUGAAUGAAAAAACAACAACAACAAAUAAGCAAUGAAAUAUGGGAGCGUUUGUAUGUGGGUGUGUAUGUGACACGAAUAUCGAACGAAAGGCACAUAAAGGACGAAGGGGCAACAAAAGCACCAACAGCACGCACCAGCCAACAACCGGUGAGUUAGUAGAGUGCAUUGGCAGGAUAAAGCGAGCAAAGAACGCAUACCGACAGACAGACAGACUGUGAUACAGCGACGCACCGGCGGAUGAACACUCAAAGCGACCGGCAACAACCGUUGCAAUUUUCGCAUAUCACAAAGCAAAUAAAUUUUUAAUUUCCCGCGCCUCACCAAAAAAAUGGCAUGCAAUUUUUUUCGGAAAAAGUGUAAAAACCCAGUUGCAGCAACAAUAAUAACAAACAGUUUUGGAAAAGAGAGAGAAGUAAAACGAAAGGGAACAAGUUAUCGUGUAAAAGUUGUCGCAACAACGGACAGACAACACAACCGAACACCAAAGCAAAUAAAUUGACGAAAUCACAGAAAAAAGAGCGAGAAGUAAGCCGUGUGCUCAGCGUUAAGUUUACAUCUGUUCUUUGUCACCUCUUUUUCUGUUUUAAACUUUCAGUGUUUUAUGAAGUUCGUUUUGUGUUGUAGAACGACAUAUAUAUUUAUUAUAAAAAAAUUGUGGAAAGCGGGAAUUUCGGAGAUUACAUAGCAAAUUGAUAGAGGGUUACCAAAAUAUCCAUAAGCCAAAAAGCCACAGCGUCGUUCUAGUGGUAAUAUUAAUAUCAUGAACACGGAUAUAAAUCUGACAUCUAUCAGCUCAGCACACAUUCCAUUUAGCGAACUAAAACAUCUAAAAUAAAAUCUAGUUCUAGGACUAUGCAACCCCGUCAGCAUCGAAUAUGUUGAGCAUAUCUUAAAUGAGUGAUGGAAUUAGUUUCCAUCUUAGACUUGUGAAUACUCAGCGAGUUUUGAGUUUUGGUAAAAAAUAUCACAAACUUUAGUCACCAACUUUUUCUUUCCACUUCCGUUUCCUUCUUACACAGUCUGUAAUUAUAUUCUUCAUUCGACCUCAAUAAGAAACAUAUCCUCCACCAAAAGCAGAAACUUACAUAUCUUAACUGCUAACUGUGAGUUUUUUUAUACAAAUUACAUUUAUAGAAAAUUAUAUGUACUUUUUUCUUUUAACUUAUGAGUAAUAUUAUGGCAAUUUUCUUCCGCGUUAUACAUUGUGACAUAAAAAGAACCCGGAAAUUGUAAAUAAAACACAAAAUAUUUAAUUAUUCAUCAUUAUUUACUUUUCUGCCCUAAACUUAAUCCCCACCAGAUGUAAUACACUUAUGCCAACGAUUUUACCAUUCCUCGAACCACCUUCCAUAAGCACUUUUCAGGAUGGCUCUCUGCUCCUUUAGCGAACUUUGUUUUACAUCUUCGAUCGACUGAAGACGGAUUCGAUUCCGCAGAUUGCUGACUUGUUUACACGUCGAACUCAGAAACCCAUGUCUCAUCAGCAGUUGUAAUGCUCUCCAUGAACGUGAGAUUGGAAUUCGCACGAUCAAGCAUAUCCAAAGAGACAUGUUUACUGUACUCUCGUAGGUUUGUGUUUUUGAUAAAACUGAAUCACCGUAAGACCUUUCCAACAUUUGCAAGGUUUCCAUAAUCGAAAUUUGGUUAGAAAUGCAAAAUUUGAGGUAAUUUCUUGGCUCGAUAUUUUUUUCCAUUGUAAAAAUUACAUCGCACUACUAAGGAGUACCGACUUAAGCAGCUGCUGUAAACUAACUGGUUAACAGAUCGCACUCAUAUUUGGCAUAAUAAUAUUUUUUGAAUUAACAUUUACCCGGUGAAUUCCAUUAUAAUUUCCGGGUGCUUAUUUGUCUCAAUGUAAAUGGAGAGGCCUUUAAAGACAGAGAGAGAGAGAGAUAAAGAGACAUGAAUAUGAGCGAAACCUUGAAAUAAUACAUUUUAAGUCUCUAAAAAGGUUGGUUUUCAACUCGGAUAUUGUAGUUUUUUGUGAUCAUAAACGCUGAUCAAAAAAUAAUCACACUACGUUGCUUGUUCGUAAAUUCUUGUCCAAAACCAAUACUGUAACGAUGCCACAGCCUCUAUACAGUCAGACUUGGCGCCGUGUGACUUUUUCUAUUUUCAAAAUUAAAGAGAACCUUAAAGGGCCGUCGUUUCACACGAUAGAUGAAAAUCGCUGAACAGCUGAAGACUAUCCCAAAGUGUUUCUACGAUUGGAAAAAGCUCUAUCAUAAAUGCAUAAUAUGUAUCGAACGGGCACUAUUUGAAGGCGGCAACAUUAAUUUAAACGAAGAAAUUUUUUUUUUAAGAAAACUCCCGUAAUAUUUUAAACACACCUCUUAUGUUAUAUAUACAGAAGCAUUUCGAGUAUAUGCGCUCUCCCGCGACAUGCGACAGAAUGUGCUCAUCCUGUUUUUUCAUGAAUUAAGCGCAAAAUGAGGAAAUGAUUCAUUGUUGGAUCUGAAUAUAUAUAGAAUGAAAGCAGAAAUCGGUUGGGUGAAUAUGAAAAUAAGCUAAUUUACUACAAAUACACAAAUAACUGUAUUUUGUUACACAUGUGUGUACGUGAUAAUUCGAAAAUUUAUAUAAAAACAUAAGUGCUAAGCGAAGAUGUAUAAACAUUAAUUGAAAAAAAAUUAAAAAAUUAUGAAAGAAAGUAAUAUUAUUUUUAAGUGGAAAAGCAACUAAAAAACUAAAAAAUAAUAAUAAAAUGCACAAAACAACUAAAAAAGAAGUAAAUAUUUUUGCGAGCAAGCCUAUACAUAAACAAUUGAAACACUAACAACACUAAGCUAAUUAAAUUAAUAUAAGCAAAACAAAUAAAUCCAAAAGCAGCAAAUUUAAAAUAACGUCAAAAUAAGAAAAAAACUAAAGCAAAAUUAUGUAGUUGCAAGUUAAGAAAUAAAUCUAAGAUAACUGUAAAAAUGAGUAGUGAUAAGUGAGAAUAUUGAAAACUAAAAUUUAAUUAGAUUCGGUAAACACACACACAUCAAUUAGAAAAGGAGAAACCAAAUGGAAUUUUCUCUUAGAACCAGCCGAGAGUUGUUGGCCUGCAAUUUGAGCGUAAACUGAUCUAAAUUGUCUAAACGAAAAUUGUAAAUGCAUUAUAAGAGCAACAACAAUUGCUAUUGAAUAUGAAUUGUAUAAACGUUAAUUAUAUAUUUGUAUGUAUGUAUAAGCAUUAUAUGUAUUUAUAUUGUACAUGUAUUGGCAAUGUAUUCAACGUAUACACUUACAUACAUAGGCAACUGAAUUUGCGAAGCUGCUGCUUGUGGUCAAACAGAAAGAAAGUGAGAAUUUUCAAAAUCAUGUAACCAAAAGACGGAAAUGGCGAAUAGGCAAAACAAAAAAAAAAUUGAAUUUGAAAACAAAACCGGGCACUCCAGUGUGUAUUUUUUGCGGUUGUCCACGCAGCUGCUUAUGCCGAAUGAAAUCUAAACUACUACAUAUCUACAUAUACAUAUUCUAUAUCUGUGUAUCUAUGUGUACUAAUAGGAUGCCUGGCAUCCGCAAAACGAUUAGCAAGUGCUUAGUUGUAAGCAUUUAUUAUUAGUUUUUCGGUUUCGAAACUCAAAUAAUUCCUUCAGUGCAGCGUCUUAGUUCACUCAUCAACUUUAUUGAUGAAGCGUAUUUGUGUAGCACACAUAUCAGCUUUUCCUUUUAACCGUUAUUCACUAAGUCUUUACGUUCGAUAUAACGCAAAAUAUUGUUCAAUUCAAUAAAAGGCGAAUGUAUAUUUUAAACAAAAAACGUGGA